UAAUUUCGUAUCAAAUAUAAUCAUUGACUUUAUAUUGAUUUAUUAUAACUUACACCCGUAUUUAAGUUAAAAAAAUCUCAAGCUUUAUUUUUGUAAUGGCUACAGAAACGAUGGACGAUACGGACAAAGAAAUGAGUCUGGGUAACCAUGUAUCCAGGCACGGCCUGACGGAAGAGGAAGAUAAAGAAUUUGAAGAGUUCCAUAAAAGUUUAGGGUUAGUGAGUAGCUUUACCAAGCAGAUGGUGAAGCUUGCCAUUGACCAGUUACGACCGGAGUUUGAGCGGAUGGCAGGCAGAGCUGCUGAGAGGGCAUUGGAUUCAAAAAUGAUGAAAGUGAAAGAAAUACAAGACGAACUGAACAGAAAAGAGAAAGAAUUGCACCAGCUUAGGUUAGAAAAGAAAAUAAUACAAUCAAAGUUGGACAAGGAGAAACAGCAAAACGUUAAAUCUCAACAGGCAAUGGGCAGUAUGGAACAAAAGGAAAAGGAAAUUCGAAAACUUGAAGCUGAAAUUCACUCAAUGAAAACAAAAUUGCGAAAGAAAGCAGACGAACUAAAACGAGAGCGUGACAGGGCCACCAUUGAAGAAAGCAAGCGUUUAGAACUUGAGAGUUCCUUACAAAGUAACAUUGACAAGCUUCGAAAAGAACUUGAUAAAGUCAAAGGUCAGCUUGGUCAAAUAAGGUCAGCCAAGAAUGUUGGUGAUGAGGAGACAAAAAAGUUGCGGGAAAGGGAAAGACAACUCUUAGAGGAAAUUGAAGAGCUGAAGUCGCAAAGUACUCCAAGAAAGAGAAGAAACACAAAUAAUCGUUAAUCAUAGGAAAGGACAUUACUUAUUGUGUUUUGAAGGAGUUUAAUGGAUAUUUAUUUGGUUUGGUGUUGAACGUUUGUACAACUUUCACUUUAUAUGAGCUACAUUUUGUAUUUGCAUUUGUUUCGCACUUGUUUGAAAAACAUUUAAAUUAAUAAUCUUUCUGUAAGUCUCAUUUCUUUGUAUGGUUAAUAUUAAACUACUUGUGAUAGAA